AAACACCAAAUCCCCAACACCUGUUGCCAGAGGCUUUUCCUGUCUGCCAGCUCUCACCAACUCUGCUCCAACCGACACACUAAAAAAAAUAGAAGAAGAAGAGAAAAAAGCAAGCUACAAGUGUGAAAGAAACAUCUGUGGUAUUACCACAGCGAGCUGUUUUUCCCUGGAUAGAAGGUAAAUGGCGCACAACAACAACAACAAACAGCGAGCUCACAAAAGCCAGAAUUCCUAGAGGUGCAGAAACACUCCGGACGACUCAUCGCAAAAGAGAUGUUCCGCUCUCCUGCCGUGCCCCGCGUGAGGAAGAGGUCGAGGCCGGCGGAAAGCGCGGUCCCCGGGCGCCAGGAGGUGAAGUUUGAGGACGUCAGACUGUACCUGGUGGAGAGGAAAAUGGGCAGCAGCAGGAGAAGCUUUCUGACCCAGCUGGCCAGGUCAAAGGGCUUCAUUGUGGACGACACCCUCAGCGACGUGGUCACUCACGUGGUGUCGGAGGACAGUCAGGCCUCAUCUCUCUGGACGUGGCUGAAGGGGCGCGCUCUGAAGAAUCUACCUGCGAUGCACGUGCUGGACAUCUCCUGGUUCACUGACAGCAUGAAGGAGGGGAGGCCGGUUGCUGUGGAGACCAGACACCUCAUCCAGGACGCCUUGCCAAAGAUGACUCCACCCACUCCCGUGGCCAGAAUUUCUCAGUAUGCCUGCCAGAGACGGACAACCACCGAAAACAACAACAAGAUUUUCACAGAUGCGUUUGAAGUGCUGGCAGAGACCUAUGAAUUCAAUGAGAUUGAGGGGCCGUGCUUGGCAUUCAGGAGAGCUGCGUCUGUCCUGAAGAGUCUGCCCUGGGCGGUGCGUUGUCUGGGAGCCACAGAGGACCUGCCCUGCCUGGGGGAACACUCUAAGGCUGUCAUGGAGGAGAUCCUACAACACGGCCAGUCGUUUGAAGUUGAGAAAAUACUCUCUGAUGAAAGGUAUCAAACACUGAAGCUGUUCACGAGUGUGUUUGGGGUCGGACCCAAGACAGCCGAGAAGUGGUACCGCAGAGGGAUGCGCUCAUUCAGCGACGUUCUGACGGAGCCCGACGUUCGUCUAAACCGGAUGCAGCAAACUGGUUUUCUGCAUUAUGGAGACAUCUCUAGGGCUGUUAGCAAACCGGAGGCCCGAGCACUGGGGAACAUUAUUGACGAAGCUGUCCAUGCGAUCACAUCGGACGCCAUAGUGGCACUGACAGGUGGCUUUCGCAGGGGGAAGGAGUUUGGUCACGAUGUAGACUUCAUCGUGUCCACACCGCAAGAGGGGAAGGAGGAAGGUCUGCUCACCGCCGUAAUUGGUCGACUGAAACACCAAGGCAUUGUUCUCUACUGCGAUUACCAGGCCUCCACCUUUGACAUCUCGAAGCUUCCCAGCCACAGGUUUGAGGCCAUGGACCACUUUGCAAAGUGCUUCCUUAUCUUGAGGCUAGAGGACAGCCAAGUGGAGGGAGGCCUCAGUCGUGCUGAGGGGGACAGACGGAGCUGGAGGGCUGUACGCGUGGACUUAGUAUCGCCACCUAUGGAUCGUUACGCCUUUACUCUCCUUGGCUGGACCGGCUCCAGGCAGUUCGAGAGGGAUCUAAGGAGGUACGCUAGAAUGGAGCGGAGAAUGCUUCUUGACAACCACGCUUUGUAUGACAAAACCAAGAAAGAGUUCCUGGCAGCUACAACUGAAAAGGACAUCUUUGCCCAUCUGGGUCUCGAGUACAUCGAGCCUUGGCAGAGAAAUGCGUAGGCCUCCGCUCCUCCCUGGCUGGAUGGCACCCUGCGCGUACAUCAGUGUUUAUCCCAUCUGCUUGCUGUUCAGCGGCUCUCCUGUGAUUCACUUUCAAACAUCUUUUGAUUUCCAUACACUUUUUGUGUUGUCGUUGCCAAUGUUGUUGUCGUCUGGCUCACAUGCUGAUGUAUCAUUCAUAAUUCUGCUUAUUCACUAUUGUCUGCCAGCGAAUAAACAUUCUCCCGUACCAUUCAUGGUUUGACUGUCUCCAAGUGUUGUAAUCAUAGGCAGGACAAAAAGACAAAUCAGUCAGGGCUGGAAUAGCCUGGGGUGCCUACGAGGUGCAGGAGAGAGAGGGAGUCUGAGCGAAACACAGCGGUAAGGGGGUGACCACUGAGAGAAAGAGGGUGAGGUAGAAGACAGGAAGCAAUGAGAAAAGUGGGGGACGGGAGCUUUUUGUUGAGCAAAAUGUUGUAAUCACCCUCCUCCUGGCAGAAAAGUGCUCAGCGUGAAGCUGAGCCAGGCCUCCGGGAAACUGAGAGGCGGGUAAUGAGCUUCAGAUAGAGAAGAAUUCCAUGCUGCCAUUUAGCCUCCCUUUUAAACUACGUCCACUGGAGAUCAUUUAGUUGGCGUUCCCUUUUCCAAAAACCCGAGUUGCCGCUCUUUGUGCCACAAUGGAUCCCUUUCCCCAGAUGCUGAGCUGAAAUUAGAGGCAAUCAGUUGCAUUGGGAAAUUCAGACGGAAGGUAAAUGACUCCACUAACCGCAUUGAUGAAUUUUGCCUUUCAGAGCAUCUCUGGCUCCAGUGAAUCAACUUAUCUUAUUGCUUUGACUUAUGUUUUAUGUAUGAUGGUUGUUUAUCAAGAUUUGUGUCCCUAUUUUACAAGACAAUGAUUCACUAAUGAAGUAAGUGCAUCGAUCCCUCCGGGCAAUUUGGGUAAGUCCGGUUUGCUCCUCCAGCGAUGACUCGACCUGUCCAGCUGUCCACACCACAACCCACUUUCCCGUGAUGCUCAGCCCCCAGUUUAUCCCACGGUGCCUCAACGAGAACAGAGACGGAUGAGAGCAAGGCAUUCUAGUGAAUCACCCUAUUUAAAGAUCUUUAAGUAGAACAGUCCAGCACUUUGAGGACUCGACCUGAGCCUCCUCCUCUCCCACCUCUUCCUCCCUCUUGGACUCGGUCUUCAUUUUUCUCCCGCUGUGCUGCCCUUCAUGACACGCAACAAACUUUAAAGCUUCCGAGUUAACUAGAUGAACAGAGCGCCGGCUCUCCUGGAUUAUCAAAUCACUCCGAAAGGGCAAAGAUAUAUAUUUUGUGGAUGCUGAAUGUGAUCUCUCCGGAGUACAAUAAAAUAAGCUGACCUAAA